AUGCAUGGCAAUGUCCUAGCAAUCGUGGAUGCUCCUAGGUCGGCGUCUGAUUUUGACCGGAGACGGCCGGCCCAUCCAUCACGCGGCCGCCCCCCGUACCGAACCCAGGAUUUUCAGGACAACAGGCUGCUGAGGUCAUUGGUUAGCAUGCGCGACCAGGAAAACCAUUCCAAAGAAAUUAUAACGGAAGCCAUCGAGAGCUGCAUGAACAAACAAGCAGAAAAUCUGGUGAAUUCACUGGAUGUCAUCAGUGGAAGGCUGUCGCAGUUGGAGUUAUACUGCUACAAGCUUGAAAGGUCCAUCGGAGAACUGCGAAGCGAUGUAAUGGAUUACCACAGCGAAGCAAAUCUUAACUUCCGUGGCCUUGACAAGAACGUCAAAGAGGUUCAGAAAUGUGUACAAGUUCUGCAGGAUAAGCAAGAGAUUGCUGAAACUCAGAACGAGCUAGCUAAACUUCAGAUUGUAUACGAAGAUGCUGCACAAAAGAGUGAAGGUACUGCCCCAUCAGUUUUUAUGGCCAAGGAAAAUGAUGGCAGCUUCCCAGGUGCAAAACACGAGCUUGCCCUUGUCCCGCUGCACCAAGUAAAUGCUGCGCAGUCUCCUGCUAUGCAAUUCCAAAGCUGCAAUGGGCUUAUUCUACAGCAGCUUGUGCCUGUGUCUUUUAGCAACCAACAAGACCAGCCACGUUCGAACCAACCUACUGUUUACUGUAUGCAAAAUCAAGGCCAGCCUGAGCGCAGGCAGGCCCAAACAUUUCAACCUGCACCUCAUUCUAUGCAGCCGCAGGCCCAGAACCCUCAGCCACAGACUGUAGUUGAGGCACCAGAGUUCUACCUCCAAGCUCAGCACCAUUGGCAACAUCAAACUGUCCAGGAUGUUCACUCGCAGGCAAGGCAACCACAACAACAACCACAACCACAACCACAGGUGGCACAACAGCAGCAGUACCACAACAUGCAGCAAGUUCCUGCUCAGGUAGUUCAACUGCAAACAUCUUCCCCGCAGGCCCAAAGUGCCCCUCAUGUCGCCCUGUUCUAUCCUCCUUACGGAUCCCAACAGCCCGCAUGUGGUAACACCGAGGCACUUUCUAGAGGCAUGGUUGUGCAGCCUGCCUAUUCUACAAUCUCUUCUUCCCAGCGAAAGCACCAUGAAGCUGCUCCAGUUUACGUGCAAAGCAGCGCCAUUGCUGUUCCUAUGGCAGAGCAUCACAUCCAGCACCAGCAGACCCAGCAGUUCCAAUCGCCCGGCAAUGGCUCAUUUGCACCUCAGCAAUGCAAGGUUGGCCCCUAUUCUGUCCAGGGUGGUGCCCAGGCCUACAACACUGUAUAUGGGAGCCCUCCCAACAGUGCUGCCACUUUUGUUGCUGUCCUUCCUCAGCAAGCACAGCAGGCCAGUGCUCCGAUGAUGCUCCAUCAUCUAGGACCCCAGCCAGUGCAGAAUCACCCGGCAGACAUGGCUGACAAGGCUGCUCGAAUGGGUUACUUGAACGAUCAUGCCGAGAACAUGCCGCGCCGAAUGGUGGCUGCAGGCCAGCCCGUAGAGUACAACGCCUUCCAUGACGGGCUGAGCUCUGUUGGCAAUGCGGCGUGGUCUGGCUAG